AUGACGACGCACCCAUUCACUGCUGUAAAGGUUCACGGAUCCUUGGCUAGGGCCGGAAAGGUCAGAAACCACACUCCCAAGGUCGCAAAGCAGGAGAAGAAGAAGCCUCUUACUGGACGCGCCAAGAAGAGACAACAAUACAACAGACGCUUCACUAGCAACGUUACCGGACGUCGUGGACACAACGCCCAGGGUUAA